AUGAGGGUCCUAAUUGUUUUUGUGUUGCUGGAGGUUGUUGUGUGUACCACGGUCUUUUUGGACAAAAAGACAACCCCGCCAGGGUACAAAACCUUCCUAAAACGGCAUGUCAGAGGCACCAUGAAUGUCCAAGAAUGUGAUAAUGCCAUGCAAAGCAUAAAUAAAAAAAUAAAGGAAUGCAAGCCGAAAAAUACGUUUAUUCUAAGCACCAAAGAGAAAGUGAGAUCUAUCUGUCAGAGUGAUGGAGAGCCGGCUGAAGAAAACAUGACCAAAAGCCGUGAACGAUUUGAAAUUAUUGUGUGUAAAGUAAAAAAGGUCGGAAGGCGUGUCCCGAAGUUUCCAAAUUGUAAAUAUACUGGGAACCAGGACAAUAAAAAGAUCAUCAAAGUCCAAUUUUUUUGGAAAACGGAUACUCGUGCCCGUUAUGAGAAGUUUAUAAACCAGCAUAUCAAAGCUGACAUGACAGCUGACCGAUGUAAUUCUGUAAUCACUCAAAAACGGAUCACCAUAACCGACACCAAUGACUGCAAACCGACCAACACCUUUAUCAGAGCCACCACCAACCUUGUGAAACAAAUCUGUCUACAAGCAGGAGAGCCCUACGGCACCAUGAGAAAAAGUCUUCUGCCUUUCGACAUUGUUGUUUGUAAGCUGAGAAACGAAGGGGCCAAGCGUCCACGCUGUGAUUACAGAGGCCAAACGCGGACCAGGAGAAUCGCAAUCAAUUGUUUGGAUGGCUUUCCUGUGCACUUUGACAGAGAUAUUGUACACUUUGAAAACUGA